GCGAGAACUUGCUUUGCAGCCUGAGUAGUUCUUCUUUCGAUUGUUAUUGUCGCUUUUAAAAAAUCUUAUUAUACAGAAACUUCGCGCUGAUUUAAUCGAAAGUACAGGAAAAGUGCUUUUGAAGUCGGAACAUGGAACUACAAGGCCUUCAAGAGGCGUUGAAAGUGGAAAUCCAAUGUCAUCAGAAACUAGUUGCACAGAUGAAGCAAGACCCACAGGAUGGAGAGCUUAAGAAACAACCACACGACAGGCAAAGCAGAAUAACAGCUCUAAGCGAGAAACAAAAGCUGGCAGUAAGAAGUUGUCCAGUGGGGACGCCGGCCAAGCCCCUCUCCCUCAUCAAGGCGCCCAGCCAGAGCAUAGCCAUCUCCGUGGUGCCGGCCAAGGCUCCCGUUUCCAUGGUGACCGCACACAUGAACGGACAAAAGGCGGCAGGCUCCGAGGCGCCGCAGACGUCGCCCAUCAACCUGCAAACGGGCAGCAGGGCGGCUGCCGCGGGCGGGCAACCCCUAGGCCGGAGGACGGGAGAGCUGUGCCACUCACAGAUGCUGGGAACCUUCACAGCAGUUCCCAUAAAGGUGCCUCAGGUCAGCUCUCUUCACCGGCUGGCUGGGCAGUCGCCCACUGUGCUACCUCAGGUAAGGCCAAAGACCCUGAUCCCAGACAGCCUUCCGCACAACCCAUGCCAGGAACAGCAGUCUGGCCAGCCCGUGAGCCUGGCACGAGGCACCGCCAUGGUGAGCCCCAGGAGCCAGGGCCCAGCCCUGCCCGUCGCCAACAGCACCUUCAGUCCGGAGAGGGGCCCCGCCAGCCGGCCCGACAGCUCACCACCCCCACCGCCCCUGCCCAGCGUCUCCGUGGCAGCAGCGGCGGCGACUAGCCCCGGCGUGGCUUACGCCAUCAUCUCGGCUGCCUCACCAGCUGGGAACGGUGUAGCGGCCGUGAGUGAAGCUGUGAAAGUGCAGCCGUUGCUCUUCAGUCCGGACAGUAAGGUGAUAAUUAUCCAGCCGCAGGCUCCCAGCAGCUCACAGACGUCUCCGGGAGCCCAGGCUGAGAGCCCCUCACAGGAUCCCAGCCCUGUUCCCUCUUCCCCACACAAGAUGAAGAAGAAGGAGGAAGACCCAGAGAAAAUUGCCUUCAUGGUAGCUCUUGGCCUGGUCACCACUGAACACUUGGAAGAGAUCCAGACCAAAAGGCAGGAGAGGAAGAGAAGGAGUACAGCCAACCCUGCGUACAGCAGUCUCUUUGAGCCAGAGCGCAAGAGACUUGCAUCAAAUUAUCUGAACAACCCGCUAUUCCUAUCAGCAAGAGACUCUGAGGAUCUGUGUUGGAAGGACGGGCUAGAGCACGAUGACCACUGUGCAGUGUGUAAAGAGGGCGGCGAGCUUCAGCAGUGCCACACCUGCCCCCGCGUCUACCACUUAGAGUGCUUAACCCCGCCCCUCAAAGCCCCGCCAAAGGGCAUGUGGAUGUGCCCCAAGUGCCAGAAGAAGGUCCUGAAUAAAGAGAACUUGUCUUGGCCACAUAACUUUGUCCAGUCCUAUGUCACACAUAAAGCAGUGCGGGAGGAGGAGAAGAGGAAAUUAAUGAGGAGGAACAGUGAAUUGAAGAAAGAGUGCGCCCAGCUCAAAGAAGAAGACCAGAGGCUCAGCAAGUCUCUCACGAAAUGCAUGGACCUGAAAGAGCGUCUCCUGAGCCAGCAGAGGGAGACUCAGGCCUCUCUGGAGCGCCUCCGGGCCCUGAUCCGGCUCAUCCAGCGUGACCAGAUGAUACAGGUCACCAUGACGGCCACCACCACCACCACUGCGGGAGCUUCGUUGCUCUCCCUGCCCUGGAUCAAACCCACCAGCAGCAGCAGCAGCAGCAGCAGCAGCACCAGCAGCCCUCCCAGCAACACAUCGCCCCCUGCAGGCCCCUCUGCGCUACUGCACAAGAGUGUGGCACAGUCACAAGGCAACAACUGACCCCAGAUCAAGCAAAACCACCUAUGACUUAUGAGCGGCUGUAGAACACAAUGCAUUUUACCAUCGCUGAGACAUACCACUCAUUGAGACAUAUUCACAAUGGGAACUGGAGAGUCGUAUCUAACCAUUGUGGGGUUUUAUUGUGCAAGAGCAAAUGUCUUAAAAAAAGAAAUCCUUUAAAAAAUCUGAAAAAAAAACAACAGUAUAUCCUUCACUCAGUUCAUGACAAGUAUUUUUUAAACCCGACACCUACAGUGCUUAUGAGAUUUUUUUUAACUUGUUUUUUUAAUUUAUUAAAUAUUCUUGGCCUUAAUGUAUUUAUGACAAAAAAGCAGAUAACAGUGCCGUCAUGAAUAUGUGAAAUAAGUAUUCUACACGGCCUUUUCAUUUUUUUAAUUAUGAUUUGCUUUUUAACGGGGGUGGGUAUGGGAUAAUAAUACUUGUUCUGCUUAUAGUGAGAGAGGACAUUAGAAUAGUGGUAGUGAAAAACACAUACCAAGCGAUACACAUGAAAUGCAGAAGACUGUACAAGAUCUAUCUGAGGAGAGAAAUUGUGCUCACUCUCCUAUGAACAGUGAUUGCCAUAAAAAUUCAGGUGAAAGAGAGAUGGGGAAAUGUUUUUCAUUGUGUAUGUACUUAUGAGCAUACGAGCCUUCAAACUAACAAAAAAAGACGAACAGAGAAUACCUUUUUUUUCAGUAUUAAUAGAGUUGAGAUAAAGGAACAAAGUAUUUAAGAUGACUACGAAAUUUAGCAUUUCUAGUGGAGAAUUUAGUAUUUUCAUGCUGAUGCCUGUUCAUAAUUGUGAAAUGAAGUAUUGGAGAGAGGGGAUUGUUGUACAUAUGUUGUAUUGUUAUUACAGGUCCUUUCUAAUUUUUUCUUCUGCAUUGUUUCUCCAAUCGCAGCCACGUAUAGGGGGUUCAUAUAUUUUCCAGUUGCACUGGCAACAGAAGCAGAUGGGCCAUUCAAGCUCCAGUGAGUGUGUGAACCUAUCAUUAACCCCUUGCUUUUCUAUUACCAGUAUAUAAAAUAUGCCAAAAAGACUUUUUGUACUGGAAACUUCCCCGUCUUUUCACCAUUAUACUUAUUAUUAUCCUGUCUAUAUUUCUUUCUUUCUUUUUUUUUUUUUUUUAAGUUUAUUAAGUUCAUUUCAUGUUUUUUACAGUCAUAUGACAUCAAGUACAACUUCACAUAUUGCAAGGAGAACGCUAGUUGGAGCUGUAUCUUUUUGCUCUCAUUGCUUAUUUAAUUUUUUAAAAGAUCUGCUAGGUGAUACAAAUGAACACUGCCUCAAGAACAAGAUUAGACAAAUCCAGGGUUUAUUUAAUAUAUCAGAACAAUUAAAGUUUAAAGAAGAAAAGUUAACUGGACUGAACUUUCUGGAGGGACGGUUUUGUGUGUGUUGCCCCAGUUUGUCCGCUUGCUUUGCUGAAGGGUUUCUGAAGUGUGUAGUUCUGACCGAGCCAGCAAGGUAGAGCUGCUCCUCAGCCCCUCAGAGUCUCCUCUCUAUGCCCACGUGUCCUGAUCAGUGAACACAGCCACAAUCAGCACGGCUGACUGAUGGUAAGUCAUAGCCCAGUUUGUAUCCAAAAAUACAGUGGUUCACUUGUGUUCAGUAUUUCCCUGACCAGUAACCAAUACUAGCUAUGGGAGAUUUCAGAAGAAAAACAGCUCGAAACAGUUUUCAACUUUCAAUUGUCAUUAUAAGGGCUUCACAGUGAUUGGAUUUCCUCAUGGGGGGAAAAAUGUUUUAUAAGUGCAUAUCAUAGUUUCCUUUUAUGGUUUUGUGGCAUAGCAAGUAUUCUAAUUAUUCACAAAAAAGCCAGAAAAGUUCACACAGAGUAUCUGUCAGUCAGAAUCAGAAUGUAAGUAAUUCCAUGCGUAUCACCCACUGCCCACUGUUGCUUUAAAAACAGAUACGAAAAUCCUGUUGUAAACAGGAAAGGUAAA